CAUGUGGUGGUUCCAGCAGGGCCUCUCCUUCCUGCCUGUGGCUUUGGUGGUUUGGUCAGCAGCAUCUUUUGUCUUUUCCUACAUCACUGCCGUCGUGCUCCACCACGUGGACCCCCUGGUGCCCUACAUCAGUGACACAGGGACAAUCCCUCCUGAGAGAUGCUUGUUUGGCAUCAUGUUAAACAUUUCAGCUUUCCUGGGGGUGGCCACCACCUACGUCCGCUACAAGCAAGUUUGUGCCUUGAGUGCAGACAGAGCCAGGAUCCUGCAGCUGAACAAGCUUGGCCUCAGCCUGGGCUGGAUGAGCUGCUUUGGGCUCUGCAUCAUUGCAAACUUCCAGAAGUGCAUCCUGUACUACAUCCACGUGCUGGGAGCCUGCCUGACCUUUGGAGUGGGAGCCAUCUACAUGCUGGUGCAGACCAUCCUCUCCUACCUGAUGCAGCCACAGCUCCACAGCAAGGAGGUCUUCUGGGUCCGCCUGGGGGCGCUGCUCUGGUGCUGCUCCAGCAUCCUCUGCAUGUUUGUUUCCUCAGUUGUCCUCUACAGUGGUCUGUAUGGAGCUAACCUGGUGCAGAAGCUGCACUGGGACCCUCAGGAUAAGGGCUACACAACUCACCUCAUCAGCACUGUCUCAGAGUGGUCCUUGGCCUUCUCCUUCCUCAGCUUCUUCCUCACGUACAUCAGAGACUUCCAGAAGAUUUCUCUCCAUGCUGUUGCCAGCCUGCAGGGGCAGAGCCUCUACAACACCCCCCAGGGCUUCAGCAGUGACCAGCAGGGCCUGCUGGUGGCAGGCAGCAUCUGAGGAGGGCUGGAGAGGAGCCUGGCAGCACCUGCUGGAGGCUGGCAGCAGCUCCU